AUGCCACUUUGGCCUCCUUCGGGCCCUUCUCCGCGCUCUACUUCGCCUUCUAUGACGCAGGCCCGGCUGGCCGUUGCCGCCGCGGCAGCUCUGCCGGACGCGAAGAACUUGCCACCCUUGCUGACCUUGCUGGCCUCUGCAUCGGCGGGCACCGCCGCGUCGGUGGUCACCUGUCCCUUGGACUUGGCGAAGCUGCGCCUGCAGACGCAGCUGCGGCUCAGACCAGGCGUGUCGGUGCCGGAGGGGCAUCUACUGGGACUGCGGGACGCCUUGUCCGCUCUGUGGCGCGAGGGCGGGGUGCGGGCUCUCUUCCGCGGCGCGGGAGCGCGCGCUGCCUUUCAUGCAUCUAACAACUGCAUCACCUUCACGGUCUUCGAGGAAUGCCGGCGCCUGAUGCAGAGCUUGAUUUGA